AUGGCAGCAUAUGAUCAUUCCAAGAAAUCUAUGGCCUGGUUGCCUGUGGCUGGCCAAUGGCGAAAUCUUCGUAAACUUUGUAAAGAACAAAUGUUUUCGUUGCAUAGACUUGAUGCAAGCAAGGGUCUUCGUCAAGAAAAAAUGAAGAAAUUGUACAACUAUGUGCAUGAUUGUUGCAUUAGUGAUCAGGUAGUUGAUAUUGGUGAUGCUGUGUUUAUCACGUCGCUUAAUCUCAUCUCAGCCACUCUUUUCUCAACUGAUUUUGCUCAAUUUAAUUCCGAUUCUUCUCAAGAAAUGAAAGACAUUGUACGGCGUUUGUUGGAAAAUGUAGCAAUUCCUAAUCUUGCAGACUUCUUCCCGGUUCUUAAAUUCAUUGAUCCACAAGGUAUUCUACGCAAAACCAAGAGUUACAUUAGUAAAGUAUUUGUGAUAUUUGAUGAUUUGAUUGAUCAACGGUUGCAAUCAAGAAGUGAGUCGCUGGAUCAUCCAGUGAGAAACGAUUUACUAGAAGCCAUCUUGAAUCACAUCCAAGCAAGCGAAUCCGAAUUAACCUUGGAUGUUCUAAAGCAUUUGCUUCUGGUGGGUAAAACCAAGUUUUACAGCACUCAAAUUUCCAUACUGCACAAAUAUCUGAAGAACCAGUUUACUGUCUCUUUAUGA